AUGCUUGACAUACUCUACGAUCCAGCAUGGACUUCACAGUUCUUUUGGCUACUUAUUGUAGCCUUUGUUUUCGCCUUCUCCGUUUCAUUUGGGAUGGGUGCAAAUGACUCCUGCAACGAUUGGGGACCAGCGGUUGGUGCUGGUACGGUAAAAAUCUGGCAGGCCUACAUUCUCUGCGGUAUCUUCAACACAAUCGGCGCUGUUCUGCUAGGCUACAAAGUUACCGAGACUUUACGAUCCGGUAUUGUCGAAGUAGAAGUGUUUGAUGUCUAUUCACAAUACAAUCAUACCACAGGCAAGUACGACGUGGUUCCGCAUUGUGAUGGUGCUCUAGCUACAGGGUUCGCACCUCCGGCAUUGACCAAUGGUACCGCCGAAGUUGAAUGCGCCAAAUACACUGCAGCAGAGUUUAUGAUUGGACAGACAGGAGCAAUGGCUGGCGUCGCUGCAUUCAUGAUUGUAUCAUCAGUAUACAAGAUCCCCGUAUCAGCCACUCAUGCCAUAGUCGGUGCUUCCUUGGCAUCGUCUCUCUACUUGCGAGGAAAUGUCGGCAUCAAAUGGUCCGAAAUUGGCGGGAUCGUGCUUUCCUGGUUCAUUUCCCCACUGAUCGCUGGUUUCUUCGCCUCCUCAUUUUACCUAAUCAUCAAGUACUCUGUUCUUUUGCGAAAGGAUACUUUCAAAUGGGCUUUGCGCAUGUGUCCAGUGUUCAUGUGUUUUACAAUCACUGUCAACUUCUUCGCUUGUAUUUUCGAUGGCUCCAAAUAUCUCGGGUUUGAUAAAUUAAGUUGGUGGCAAGCAUUGCUAAUCUCUUUGGGAGCCGGUUUCUUCUCAUUAUUCCUUCUUUCGUGUCCUUUGAGAAACUGGCUUCGAAAUCGAGCACAUCGUCUAUUCGACAAGGAACAAGUAAAAGAGCAAAGAAAAUUAGAACAAGGCAAAAUUAAGAAGAACAAAGUAACAGACAUGCAUACCCCUAAAAUGGACAUGAAUGACAUUAAAGAUCUUGCAUGGUACAAGUAUCUGUACACCGCCGUUCCUGAGGACAGACUCACCACUAAGGUCUUCAAUGCUCUCCAAAUCGUUUCUUCAUCCUUGCUUUCCUUCUCUCACGGAGCCAACGAUACCGCUAAUACAGUUGGUCCUCUGCUUGCCGUCUGGAUGACCUACCAAACUGGAAAUGCCUUCGGAGCUGCCGAAACCAGGGAUGAUUCUCAGGUCCUUCUGGCGUUUGGAGCCGUAGCUAUGAUCGUCGGUUUCUUGGCGCUAGGCCAUCGUACCAUCAAACUGAUCGCACAAGAAAUCACCGUCGAUAUGAGCCCUGUCUCUGGAUUCGCUAUCGAACUUGGCACAGCUUUCACUGUCCUCGUUUGUGUGAAAGUUGGCAUUCCUAUCUCUUCCACUCAUUGCGCAGUCGGUGCAGUUCUUUUCGUUGGCAUGACGAAAUCUACUACAGAAGGAGUAUCUUUCAAAACAUUCAAGAAAAUUGUAAUUGUUUGGCUGUUGUGCUUCCCUGUUUCAGCUGCAAUAUCUCUUUUGGCUACAUGGUUGUUAGUUCAGUUUGUCUAA